UGAAUAAUGAAUUACCAAGUUUAAGGUUCUUUUGUCUGCAAUUUUCUCCUUUUAUCUGUUUUCAACUUACCAAAUGCUAACACUUGUUGAGUACAUGUUGCUGCUGUACCGUGCAUUGUUGCCAAUUCCUGUUUGGUGUCAUUUCUUUUUAAACAAACAAUACGGAAACCUCUUUUCAUUGUUGACUACAUGGUUGUAUUUAACUUUCAAGCUCUUCUCAGUUAUUGGGAAGGUUCAAUUCUUCUUUGAUGCAUUGAAGGCCUUUUCGCGAAAGGAGUUAAAUUAUGGGUCGGAUGCCACUUCUGAACAGGGGUUCUUUGGAUUGGAAUGAUGUACCCCCAAAUAGUGGAACCGAACUCAGUCAGUCCUACUCCCCUACCUCCUCACCAUGAACUUAUUUUUGUGCGCGCCAGGUAGCAUGGAUACUUCAAAAAUAAAGCUCUAUUUUUAUCAUAUCCAUAUCAUAUUCAUAUACUUCUGUGUAAUCCUGGAUAUGCGUCCAAUAUAAAAGCCUCUUUUCUGAAGAAAUUUGUUGUUCAAUUAAAAUUCCGAUGACUAAUGGCCUAUAUAGUAUAUGUAUUAUGUAAAUGGACAACCUCAAACCUCCUACUUAAUUUUAUUGGUGAAAUUAUGGAUGUUUGGCAAGGGGCAUAAGGACUAGUGAGGAUAAAUUUUACAGAUGAGUUCAUUUAAGAGUAGAGGAAAGAACAAGAGUGGAAAUUCAGGGAAAAAAAAGAAGAGUGGAAUGAUUAGAGGUGAAAAUGGAUCUCCUUGGUCUCACAAAAACCACAGCUCUGUUGGGGAGGUGAGUAGAGAACUUGGGAGAUGUAGAGCAUUAUAUACAAUGUUUCAUCAAGAGGUACAAGUAUAUUAUGGAAAGGCGUGAGUGUGAUAUAUUCCAUUCCUUUCUUUCCACUUCAUCUCCUAAUAAAAGUAGAUGGAAUCUUUUUUUUUUUUUUUCAA